GGUGGACGGGGCAGAGGGAGGACCUCUGCUCUGGUUCUGGACACUGUUCAGGUCACACUUUGAACCAUGGAAGCUUUUUACACGGACAACGGGACAGAAAACAGUAACGACACCCCCCCCACCUGGGGCGACGCCCACGGCCCCUUCACGUCCACGGUUCCACCCAUCUUCAGGGUUCUGCUGUGGAUCAUCAUCUGCACCGGCCUCCCUCUGACUCUACUGGCCAUUUACUCCCUGUAUUUUCUGGUGCGUAAAGGUCACACGGCUCCAGUCUACGUCAUCAACCUCCUCCUGUCAGACGUCCUGCAGAUCUGCUGCUUCAUCUGUUUGGUCUUGGACUCCGCCCUCGUCGUGUAUUUGUACCUGUUUGGUGAGAUGGCCAGUGUGGGCUUCAUGGUGUGCAUCGCCUUAGAACGGUACCUGGUGGUGGCUCGUCCGUUCUGGUACCGCUUCAGUCGCUCUGUUCACAUGUCGGUGCUGGUGUGCGUGGUGGUUUGGCUCCUCCCACUCGUCUACGUCCUGCCUCUGUAUUUGGGCGUGGACUCUGUGGUCGUGGAAAGCGUCUUCGCCGUCUUCCACCUCUUGCCCCUCCCCCUGUUGCUCUUCUUCCUGAUUGGGACGUUCAAAGGCCUGUCCAAAGCCACUCGACUCCCAUUGGGUGAAAAGCGUCGCAUCAUGGCGGCGGUGCUCCUGGUGUUCGUCAUUUACUUCCUGCUUUUCCUUCCCAGUAUUUUGUGGUCGCUGGUGGAGGAGUUCAGGGAGGACGACGUUUUCAGCGACGCCGCCUCCGUCCUGCUGUUUCUGAGUCCUGUGGCAGAUUUAUGUCUGUACGUUUUCAUCAGGAAAGGAGCUCCGCACAAACGUUUAACGUGUCUGAAAGUAGAAACCGACGACGACGGCUCAUCAGCGUGAACGACAACGAGAAGUUUGAAAACCCACUGAAUGAUGGAGGAGGAGGUUUGAAUCUGACACAGAAGGGUUCCAAGGCAGCACCACUGAAAGCUGAUGGUCUGUACAUUUGUGAUCAAAAUUUCACAUCAUGUCCAGCUGAUCAAACAAACAAACAAUCAGUCAGAAAAAAAAAUCAGUAAUUGACAUGUUUAUAAAGAAUAUGUGAAUAUUUAAAGACAAAUAUAAGAAUUUAAUGGAUUCUGCAAAAUUAUUGUAAUGAUGAACAGAUGCAUUAAUCUUGAACCAACUGAGAAUUUACAGCCUCUGCUCCUCCUCCUCCUCUCUGUCUCCUGGCAUAAAUAUGUUAAUUCAUGACAUAUGAUCAGACAGUGGAUACUCUGUUCAUACAGUUUGAUGGUUCAGUUACUGUCUGAACAAAAAAGGCCUUUACUUUCAAUUAUCAUCAUCAUUAUUAUUAUUAUUAUUAUUAUUAUUAUUAUU